AUGGCACAACCAAGAGGGUUCACUAUCUUUGCCCGCGCGUGGACGGCGUCUCCGCCCAGGAUGACAAACAUGCAUUCGAUCCCCUCGUUGCCAAGAGCAGAGGACGAGGAGAGCAUAGUCUCUUCAUCCAGCAGUGAUGGCACACACACCCCGAGCUCCGUAUCAUCAUCGACGACCACCAUCUCCACAACAUCGGCACCUUCUACAGACAUUGCUAGGACAAAGCCAGCCACGUGCGGAAAAGUCGACUUCUCCCGCCUGGAAUACGCGUUCGCACAGGGGUCGGCGGUAGACACCCCCAGCUCCUCGCCAUUGUGGUACAUCCUGACGACGGCCCUCCUUCUGGCUUUCCACAAGGAGAAGCUGAUCGGAGAGCUAUGGACCUAUCUGAGCACAAGGUACGGCGUAUGUUCGCAAGAGGUCGAAACGGCGGAUUUGCUCGCUGUUGCUAGACGGAUCCGGGAAGCAUGCUUGAAAGCCAGUACGCUGGUGGGAUUUCCCAGGGCAAUCAACGCACUCCUCGCCCUCCAACACGCCAUCCAGACCACCCAUCCAAACCUCUCCAGCAUCCUCGAAGCAGACCAAUCCCUGCGCUCUGCGGCUAGUACUUCUCCUCCUGACCCCGAGGCCAAAUCAGCCCGGGGCAUGGCACUGUUCCAGAAAAUAUACGCGCAGCACAGCCCGCGCGUGCUGACGGCCAUGUCGGCCUGCUCGGGCGGCGACCUCACCUUUUUUGCCAUUAACUGCAUUUACGGCGAGCUGCUGGCCGAGGACUCGAUCAUCGGCGACCUCGAGACGGGUCUGUUGGAGUUCAUCUGCUGUCUCGCGGACGGUUGCGCGCCGCAGGCCAAGGGCCAUUUCUUUGGGUCCGUCAAUCUCGGCGCCAGCAAGGACACGUUGCGGGCGGCGGUGCGCUUGACCGAUGAAGUUGCCAGACAGGUGCGUGUCGGGCGGCCUUGGAAGGAUGGUAUUGGAGACGGAGACGGAGACGGACAGGUGAAGCAAGAGGACCCAAGUCGAGACGAGUGGAGGUUCUUGGAAAGGGUUAUGGUCGAGUAG